AUGGCUUCGCCACGACUAGAUCUGGACGGCAACCUCAUAAACCCAAUCACCAUUUGCAUGAUUGGUGCCGGUGGCUUCAUCGGCUCCCACCUCUGCGAGAAGCUCAUGUCCGAAACCCCUCACAAGGUUCUCGCCUUGGAUGUCUACAACGACAAGAUCAAGCACUUAUUGGAACCCGACACGCUCCCUUGGGCUGGUCGCAUCCAAUUCCACCGCCUCAACAUCAAGCACGAUUCCCGACUCGAAGGCCUCAUUAAGAUCGCAGAUCUGACCAUUAAUCUGGCUGCUAUAUGCACUCCCGCGGAUUACAACACGCGCCCUCUUGACACCAUUUACAGCAACUUCAUCGACGCGCUUCCUGUGGUGAAGUACUGUUCGGAAAACAACAAGCGUCUCAUUCACUUCUCUACGUGUGAAGUGUAUGGGAAAACUAUUGGAAGCUUUCUCCCCAAAGACAGUGCACUUCGUCAGGAUCCUGCAUACUAUGUACUUAAGGAGGAUGAGUCUCCUUGUAUUUUUGGUUCAAUUGAAAAGCAGAGAUGGUCAUAUGCUUGUGCUAAGCAGUUGAUUGAGAGGCUGAUUUAUGCUGAGGGCGCUGAAAAUGGCUUGGAAUUCACAAUUGUGAGGCCUUUUAAUUGGAUUGGACCACGAAUGGAUUUCAUACCUGGCAUUGAUGGUCCAAGUGAGGGUGUUCCUCGGGUUCUGGCAUGCUUUAGCAAUAAUCUCCUCCGUGGAGAGCCCCUCAAGCUUGUGGAUGGUGGCCAAUCCCAGAGAACCUUUGUGUAUAUUAAGGAUGCUAUUGAAGCUGUCUUGUUGAUGAUUGAAAAUCCUGCCAGGGCCAAUGGACAGAUUUUUAAUGUGGGUAACCCAAACAAUGAGGUUACAGUUAGGCAGCUUGCUGAAAUGAUGACUCAGGUUUAUUCAAAGGUAAGUGGAGAAGCACCUCUGGAAAAACCUACUAUUGAUGUGAGCUCCAAAGAAUUUUAUGGUGAGGGAUAUGAUGAUAGUGACAAGAGAAUUCCUGAUAUGACUAUAAUUAAUAGGCAACUUGGCUGGAAUCCUAAGACCUCACUUUGGGACCUGCUUGAAUCCACUCUGACCUAUCAGCACAGAACUUAUGCUGAAGCCAUCAAGAAAGCCAUUGCAAAGCCCGUGGCAAGUUAA